GUCAAUACCCUCUAUUGUCAGAGGGAUUUUGCAGCGUCAAGUAAAAAUCCAGAGUAGCUUCACAGACGGCAACGGUGGAACCGGAUAUGUAACCAGUAUCCGUUCCUAGUUACCAUAACCACAAAAAUGGCGCUGAAUACUGUGGUGAAGGUUCACCCUGUUGUUCUUUUCCAAAUUGUUGAUGCAUAUGAAAGAAGAAAUGCAGACGCCCAUAGAGUUAUAGGCACUCUGUUAGGCACAGCAGACAAAGGCACUGUCGAAGUUACGAACUGUUUUUGUGUGCCACAUAAGGAAUAUGAAGAUCAGGUGGAGGCGGAACUUAAUUAUGCCAUGGACCUUUUUGACCUGAAUCGCCGUGUAAAUCCUCAAGAAAACGUUGUUGGUUGGUGGGCGACAGGAAAUGAAGUAACAAGCCAUUCGUCUGUUAUACAUGAAUACUAUGCACGUGAAUGCAACAAUCCCGUUCAUUUGACCCUGGAUACAACAUUACAGGAUGUCAGAAUGGCAAUAAAAGCGUACUUAAAUGUUCCCAUUGGUGUCCCAAGGCGCAAAUGUGGCUGCAUGUUUACGCCUGUUGCAGUGGAAAUACUCUGUUAUGAACCUGAAGUUGUUGGAGUUCAGUUGUGCCAGAAGACAGUCAUGUCUGCAGUCUUAGCUGCUGGAGGUCGUAAGUCUGCACUGAAACAAGCUCCUCUGGUGGAACCCAUGCCAGAUCUGGCCCAAGUGGCAGAUGCUGCUGCCAAGCUGACUGAACUGCUUGAUAAGGUUCUCGCCUAUGUGGAAGAUGUGUUGCGUGGGGCUCAGCCUGGCAGUCGUCCACCGGAUAACGCCAUUGGCCGUGCACUUCUGGAUAUGGUCAACUCCGUUCCUCGAAUGACACCUGAAGAGUUUGAAGAAAUGUUCCAUUCCAAUAUCAAGGAUUUGUUAAUGGUGAUAACAUUAGCACAGUUAACGAAGACACAGCUGCAGCUGAAUGAGAAGCUGACUCUCAUAACGACACUAUGAUGAUAACCAUCCUGGCUGGAGUAAUAUAUUUCCUAGCCAGCAGAUUAGUUCCUGUUUCUCGCGAAGAGCAGGGACUCGAUUGUAACGAACAUGAAUCAUCAGUUGCCACACACACAUAAUCAGUGUAAAUAAUCUGCCUUCCAAUCUUCAAAUGAGCUCCUGUGUUGAGUCCACAAAAAUAGUGUCAUCAGUGGAAGAAAUCAUAUGUUUUUGUAUAUUUUGUGAUUUUAUGUAAUAAACUGGACCUUUGGAAAAGCAAAGUUUUUUUUGUGGAAGAAUUAACUUACUAAUAAAUUAAUUGGCAUACUGUUGUAAA